AAAGCCUACCGUCUGCCGUCACCAGCCGAUCUCCACUCCACGGGGCCACCUCCAUUCCUCUUCUUCCCCAGAAAUCCUAAUCAGCUGAGCUCAGCAUUCGCCGGCGACCAUGGCGGGGCUCCCAAGAACAGGACCGACGCCGCUAGGCCUCGGCGUCCCGGAGGAGAUCUUCAGCCUCGAGAUCCUCGUGCGCCUGUCCUCCAAGGACCUCGUGCGCUGCCGCGCCGUCUGCCGCGCCUGGCGCCGUGUCGCCUCCGCCCGCGACCUCCUCCAGGCACACCACCGCCGCCAGCCCUCCCUCCCCAUCGUCCUCCUCUCCAACAACCACAGCUCAUCGGCUCCCGACCUCCACGCCUUCGACCACCGCACCGCCGCCGCCGGCGGCGGCGAGGCCCGACUCCAGCUUGUCGCCCGGGCUAACGACGGCUCUGACGCCGUCGGCGUGGAGGCGUCCUGCGACGGCCUCCUCCUCCUCUCGGUCUGCAACUUCUACCCUUUUGUCCAGCGCGACUUCAUCUGCAACCCGACCACGCGCCAGAUUGGCCGCGUCCCGGAGAUACAUGGCUUCUUGGCCACGGGGCUGUACCGCCAUCCUCCUACCGGCGAGUACCGCCUGCUACUGCACACCAAGUCCGAGGACCUGCUGCACAAAGAUCCCUUCUACGUUUUCGCGCUGGGCUGCAGCCAGCCGCUGCCGAGGUGCAUCGGGCGUACGCCGGAGCUGUCAGGCUUCUUCUGCGCCCCUGUCGUGGUCCGAGGCAACCUGCAUUGGAGCUGGUGGCCGGUCCCCGUGAAGGACCACGCGCUCCGUCGGAUAACCGUGUUCGACACCACCGCCGAGUCGUUCCGCCUGAUGCGCUCUCCGAUGGCUCACAAAGGCAGAGCGUAUCUGUACGAGGCGGAUCAUGGCACCCUUGGAACAUACGGCUGGAACGACAGCAAGACCGCUGUCGAUAUCUGGGUGCUGCACGACUACGACAGCGAGGCCUGGUCGCGUAAAUACCAUGUCAAACUCCCCAAACUCCCGGUGGCAGAAAUCGGGGGGCUUGAGAGUCGCCAGGCGACGGUUAUACGUGACGGGAGGGACGUGUUUGUCCUCUACAGCUCUGGGCAAGCGCUGUUUCUCGUCGACACCAAGGGGACUUUGCUGGCAAGUUCGCAGCUGGAUGGCUGUACCAUCUUUCUCUUUACGCAAAGGAUCAAGGAAAGCCUUGUUCGGCAUAGCUUUUUCUCGGUGCUGCAGGGUGCUUCCGAUGAUUGCUCUUCAAUAAUCUCAUGGCCAGAGGGAGGUGUUUAGUGAUGAAGUUUGUGCCCUCAACUACCCCUUUCUUGAUGUAGUAUGAAUUAUGUUUGUCAACUGCUUAGCUGAAUUGAUGGUUGCGAGAGUUCUUAUGCUGUGGAAAAGUUGUGACUGUUAUCUGAAAGCAUUCUCCAUUUUCUCUCAACAAAUUCUACUCAUCUCUAGAGCUAUUGCAUAGAGCCAGUACGGGCGCAUGUGUGCAAUACUCUGAAGUAGAUACUUGUUGAUGUUGUUGAUACUUGUUGACUUUUCUCUUAUGCCAUCGCUAGAAAUAUUGUACUGUAGAUGAUAUAAUGUUUUCUUGGACUUCAGAAGCUAUGUUGCUCUUCAAUCUCAUGGCCGGAGAGAGGUGUCUAGUCCUUGUUGCUGUUGCUGCUGCUGCCGCUCUAGAGUUUUUGCUCCAGUUUCUCUAUGAACUGUGGCUUUUGAGUAAAUUAUCUUGUUGAUGAUGCAAUUGGGCACAAGCUGUUUCUUCUUGACACCGAAGGGACAUUGCUGGCAAGUUCGCAGCUGGAUGGCUAUACCAUCUUCCCAUCUACGCAAAGGAUCAAGGAAAGCCCUGUUUGGCAUAGCUUCUUUUUGGCGCUGCAGGGUGCUUCCGAUGAUUGCUCUUCAAUCUCAUGGCCUGAGAGAGGUGUCUAGUUAGUCCUUGUUGUUGUUGUUGUUGUUUCUGCUCCAGUGUUCUUGCCCUAGCGUCUCCAUGAACUGAAUGAAGUUUAUUGCACACUCAAAAUUAAUACUCUUUUGUUUAUGUAGUAUGAAUUAUGUUUGCUGAUUACUUAUUAGCUCAAUUGAUGGUUGCAAGAGGUGUUAUGCUGCAGAAAAGUUGUGGCAGUUA